AGGCUCAAAGUUCACCGUCAGCUCUAACAGGUGGAGCACUUCUGUCCACCUGCAGCUCACAGUCUGGCUUACCCACUCGCUUCUGCGAGUGUCACAGAGGUGUCUGGUGACCAUUGCUCUCUCUCAUCUCACACUCACACUCAACUAAUGGACUGCUUUGCCCCUCCCCUCCGUUUCUCCAUCUCGGACUGGGAGGUAGUGAGAGGAGGAGAGGAGGCAACAGCCCACCGUUCCCCUGGGCCCUGCUACACGGCUCAAUAGCUCAGCUCCUGGAUGGGAUCAUAACCCUGAGUGCUGGCCAAAGUGAAGAGUCGCUUCUCCUCACAUCCAGAGUUCCUGCUGCAGGGUGGAGUUUCCAUAAGGAUAACAAAACUCACUCGAACCUCACCAUGGCUGACCGUAUGGUGGCCCCGGUUGUGGUUAUGCUUCUCGUCCUGGUCGCACCAGCCCUGAGCGGAUGCCCGAGCGCCUGCCGCUGCUCCUUCGCCAUGCUUCAAUGCCUGGAGCCGGACGGAAUCACCAGCAUCCCUGCGCUAGCGGCGCAGGAGAGCGAAAACGUCACUGAAAUCUACAUAGAGAGUCAAGCCAACCUGGAGAACAUCACAGAUGUUGACCUCGCCAACUACAGAGAGCUGAAGAACCUGACGGUCACAUAUUGUGGGUUGGUGUACAUCUCUGAAAAUGCCUUCCAGCAUAAUUUCAAGCUGCAGUAUGUAAACCUGGCCUCUAAUUCACUGGUGCACAUCAGUUGGAGGGUGUUUCAAUCAGUCCCUCUGUUGAGUCUAAUCUUGAGGGACAAUCCGCUCACCUGCUCAUGUGACAUUUACUGGCUUCAGCAGUGGCACAGAAAAAGACAAAGCGACAUUGAUUCUCAACAAAACUGCAUGUACAAUGGCAACAACAUUCAGCUGGAUUCAUUUGAAAUGGAUAACUGCAGUAUUCCUGAGGUCAUAAUUCAUCCAUCUACACUAACCACUCAAAAAGGUGGAAAUCUGACAUUUACCUGUCUGGUGACCGGAGUACCAACACCGACGAUCCGCUGGAGAACAGAGCAUCUACAGUCCAACUGGACCCUGCAGCGAGGGAUCUGGGGAUCAAGCCUGGAGCUGAUUCUCUACAUGAGGAACGUGUCGUCUGGAGACAAUCUGCACAACCUCACCUGUGAGGCGGAGAAUCGCGCUGGAAUGGGAGAAGCCGUGGUGCAGCUGGACAUCGAAUUUCCAGUGCGGAUCUUGUUUCUAAAAGACCCAGAGUCACAACAUCACUGGUGUUUCCCAUUCGCUGUGGACAGCAAUCCUCCCGCCACCAUCAAAUGGCUGUACAACAACACGCCUCUCAUCGAAACACGCUACGCCUACACCGAACUGAUCCGAGACGCGGCCGACGGCUCCGUUCAACACGGCUGCCUGUUCCUCAACAAGCCAACGCACCUCAACAACGGCAACUACACGCUCAUCGUGGAGAAUAAACUGGGUAGAGACCAGGCGACGGCAAACGGGAAGUUCAUGGACAAUCCUUUUGACCCCUUAGACCCGGAGGGCAUCAUUCCUGUUCUUGCCGAUGACCCAACAGCUCCCACUAACCAGUCAACAGAGACGGUUAAAAUGGAGAACAGAGUGUUUGCGGUGUCAGUACCGGUGGGUCUCGCUGUGUUUGCGUGCACAUUUCUGGUCAUCAUGGUUGUCGUCAUCAAUAAAUGUGGACAGCACUCCAAGUUUGGCAUCCACCGUUCAUCUGUUCUAGGCACGGAGGAUGAUUUGGCCGUAUCUCUCCGCUUCAUGAACUUUGGUGCAAGUCCUCCGUCUUCAGAUGACGGCACGCUGGAUUCUGGUUUGUCCAGCUUUGUAGAGAACCCGCAGUACUUCUGUGGCAUCAUCAAAGAUAAAGACAUGUGUGUUCAGCACAUUAAAAGAAAAGACAUUGUUUUGAAGUGGGAACUGGGUGAGGGAGCUUUUGGCAAGGUUUACCUGGCGGAAUGUGCCAAUCUCUGUCCUGACACUGACAAGAUGCUGGUUGCUAUCAAGACUUUGAAAGUCGCCAACGAGUCCACCCGGCAGGACUUCCAGCGCGAGGCUGAGCUGCUCACGGUGCUUCAGCAUGAACACAUAGUGCGGUUCUAUGGCGUGUGUACAGACGGAGAACCUCUGGCCAUGGUGUUUGAGUACAUGCGACACGGAGACCUCAACCGCUUUCUAAGGGCUCACGGUCCAGAUGCUCGUAUCCUGGAUGAGAUGAAGGUUCCUCUGAUGGGUCAGUUGACUCUUCCUCAGAUGCUCCAAAUCGCAGCUCAGAUCGCCUCGGGAAUGGUGUACCUCGCUUCCCUUCAUUUCGUCCACAGAGACCUGGCCACCAGGAACUGUUUGGUCGGAGAAGGGCUGGUGGUGAAGAUCGGGGACUUUGGGAUGUCGAGAGACAUUUACAGCACUGAUUACUACAGGGUUGGUGGGAGGACGAUGCUGCCCAUUCGCUGGAUGCCACCAGAAAGCAUCAUGUACAGGAAGUUCACCACGGAGAGUGACAUCUGGAGCUUUGGAGUUGUCCUUUGGGAAAUCUUCACCUACGGCAAACAACCAUGGUAUCAGCUAUCCAACAGUGAGGCCAUUGAGUGCAUCACACAGGGCAGAGAGCUUGAACGGCCACGUACCUGCCCGAAGGAAGUGCAUCUCCUCAUGCAGGGCUGCUGGCAGAGAGAACCGCAGCAGAGGCUCGUCAUCAAGGACAUCUACAACCGCCUCGUGGCCCUCGUCAAGAACCCACCCGUCUAUCUGGACAUCCUGGAGUAGCAGCACCCUGAUCGAACCUGCAUGGAAAAGACAUACUUCUGGAAGCAGGUUGUUUUAAGGAGGAAAUCAAUGGUGGGUUUUGGAAGGACACAAUUUACAAACUGUCUCAGAUGUGCAGUAUGAACGUUUCCAGUGUUUGUUGAUGUGUACGUUUUAAACCACUGGAGGUGUAAGAUUGUGUCCAUGUGCAUAGAUGGACUGAGUAAAUAGACAGUGGACACUCUGAAUAUGCAUUAGUGGAAAUUGCUCAUGGAUCUUCAUGACUCACCUCUGAAGAGACACUUAGAUUUUCUAUAUGAGGUUACUGAUGUCAAGGUCUUGUAAUUAAAGGUCAUUAAAGGUGAAGUGUGUAAUUUUUUCUCAGCCCAGUCUAAUAUGCAAACUGAUUUUCUAGAUAAAAGUAAAAACCAUGGCUCUGUUUGUUUGAGCAUCCUGCCCAGCCGGACAUAGCAACAGCCUCAACCAAUGGCGUGAGUUUGGGGGCGGGACUUGCUGUAUGUUUGACCAAUGGGAAGACUGAAAUCCAAGGCUUAUGUUACAGAAUCAUCUGAACUCAUAAUAAUCCUAUUCUAUCUGUUUUCAGGGUUUCUGCAGUAUUUAUGAAGGUAAAUUUAAGACUUUUAGAGCCUUUUUCAGACUACCUACUGAUCACACUGCAAAAAAAUAAAAAAGUUCUUCUAAAGAUUCAUAAAUCAAAAAGAUAUAUCUACUUGAGAUGCACAAAAAUCUACAAAAUAUCUACUCAUUGUUAGCUAUCUGUUCUCGUUUUAAGCAUGAACUCACUCAAUUUCUCACAAAACCAUACCUUCAUUUUGCAUCUCAAGUAAAUGUAUCUUGAUUUAAGAAUAUUUAGAUAAAUAUAAAAAUAUUUAAUAUUUAAUGCCACAGAUGACUGAAUUCAAGACUUUCUGCUCUUGAUUUCAAAUCUUAACACUAAAAUUACCAUAGAAAGCUUCUGUAAUACAGAUUGUUUUAGCAUAUGGUUCUCUGAUGUCAUCUUUAUUACAUACUUCACCUUUAACCAUCAUGUGCAGUUUCUUAAUAACAUGUCCCCCUGAACAAAGACCCUUAAGUUACUGUGAUUUACAUGUCGUGCCAAUCUGACCGCGUUUCUUUUCUGUGUCUUGCGACUAUGCAUAUAUUACAUCAAUCUGUUAUGCGUGAUCUUCACAUGCAUGUAUUGUACAUCUCUCCAUGUUUAACAACAAUGUCCUGUUAUGGCUCAGAGUUCUGCUUUAUUUUCUAUAUCAAAAGCAUCAACAAGGUCAGCAACAACACAACAGUGGAGACACAUGGGCUGUGUACGGAAUAAAGUACUAACCUACUGUAUACUAUUAUUUAUUUGAAACCGUAUAAAGUGUGGAACGGAAAUGUUUUCAAGCACUAGUUGUGUCAGAUGUUUAAGGCAAGACGCUACAGGUGAAUAGAGUAAAGAUUUUAAUAAAUCACCAUACAUUUGAUUAAUCACAGGGCAUUAAGACAAUUGUAUAAUAUGUUUUAUUAAAUGUUAUGCUUUCCAUAAUAGAAAUCGGAACAUUGGAUUAAGCCAAGUUUAAAUUUCUUUUACAGAACAUUUAUCCUAUUUUAUCACUCAAUAAAUACUGUAAACAGCCUGAAAAAAAUAACUUUUAUCAUAUUUUUAAAAAUAAAUGGUAUAUACAGUAUGUACACUACCAGUCAAAAGUUUUUGAACAGUAAGAUUUUUUUAUGUUUUUUAAAGAAGUCUCUACUGCUCAUCAAGCAUGCAUUUGUUUCAUCCAAAGUACAGCAAAAUUACAGUAAAAUACAGUAAAAUUUUAAAAUAUUUUUUUAAAAUAACUGUUUUCUAUUUGAACACAUUUUAAAAUGUAAUUUAUUCCUGUAAUCAAAGCUAAAUUUCUAACAUUAUAACAUUUGUAACAUUAUACACUAUACCAUUCAAAAGCUUGGAGUCAGUAUAUAUAUAUAUAUAUAUAUAUAUAUUUAAUCAAUUUUGGAAAUGUAAUACUUUUAUUUAAAAAGUAUUUAUUAUUCUGUUUCAGAUAAAAACAUUUUUUUAACUUUCUAUUCAUCAAAGAAACCUGACUAAUACUACUAAAAGGUACUCUUUCAACAUAAUAAUAAUAAUAGUAAUAAUAAUGAGCAGCAAAUCAGCAUAUUUGAAUGAUUUCUGAAGGAUCAUGUGACUCAAGUAAUGAUGCUAAAAUUCAGCUUUGAAAUCACAGGAAUGAAUUACAUUUUAAAAUAUAUUUAAAAAGAAAAGAGUUAUUUUAAAUAGUAAAAAUAUUUCAAAAUCAAAUAAAUGCAGGCUUGGUGAGCAGAAGAGACUUCUUAAAAAACUUAUUUUUUGACUGGUAGUGUAACACUCUGACAAAUGUUACACGAAAAAAACAUUCUCUAAAAGCCUUCAUAUUUAUAAUAAUAAAACUGGAUAGUCUGGUAUUUAAGAAAAACUCAUUUUGUAUUGUAAUUGGAUGGAUUGAAAAUUUGGAUGUUUUUCAAACAAAAUAGUCCUUGAAAUUGACAGGUGCAUGAAAAAAACAGAUUUUACCUGUAGUAUCUUGCCUUAAUUUAAAAAGUUGCUAUUUUAGAUGUCCAUUUCAAUGAAUUUUAUAAUAAUACCUGCUUUCCAUGAGCAUUUCCUAUUCAUCUCAAUGGCUCAGCAGGCACACACAGCCCUGAAAGUACAUAACAUGCAUGACGCCAUUUCUGCUCAUGGGCUCUCAGUCAUGGCCUUAUUGUAUUUUAAGCCAUAAAUACCAUGUGACUAAUCACUAUAGAGCCACACGCUGCAGUACGCUAGUAUGCAAUUCUGAACACAGCCUGAAUUCCAGCAUGAUACUGGUGUAAGGGCAGAGAUCAAUCACUCAAUCAAAUAUUAUUUAUCAUACAGCAUGUUAAGCUGCAGUGGUCACUGUUUACCAUUUUAUUAUUGCAUUAAUGGGUGCAUCACUUUGUGCCUCUUGUACAUAACCUAGUCACUGGGCUGCAUUCUUUUGCAUUUUGAUCCUUUUUUUGUGUUUUCUAUUUUUUUUCUUCUUUUUUUUUUAAACUGUAAUCUUAGCUAGUGUUUCAGAAAUUAAUUAUUAUUUCACAAAUACAAGCUGGAAAUCAUAACAGUACAUUUUUUAAACAUAAUUUCCUUUAACAUUAAUUAAUCAACAACAGUCACAGAGUGUUGGCAUCUUUGUUUCAUUGUACAAAUAAAUAUUAAUUUGUAUAGA